GCUUUAAAGUAAAUAAAAGAUUUUUAAAAAUUAUAAGUUAUAGCUUAUUAUUAUUAAUAGUAUUAUUUAAAAUAAGAAAAGUUCUUAAGGCUCCUUUUAGACCUUUAAGGCACUAUAGGCUACUCUACUAUAAACUUACUUUAAACCUAGAUUUAUUAGGAUAA